AAUCCAACAAGCAGUAGGGUGGGGAACCCUGUGAGGGCAAAGAUCGAUGCUCUGAAGAAAGACUUGAAGGCGGGGGUGUACUCAAGCGUUCACGGGUUUCUUCAGUCUUGGAAAAAAUGGAAAGACGUACCCAAGGACCUCCGAGCCGAUCUCAAAGCCCGCCAUCCGUACUACUUUAGACUGCUCGAACUUGCCGAGUCUUCCCCUGACUUUGAUCAUCCCGCGCCUCCCAACAUCGACAAGAAAUAUAAGCCAUCCACCAAUGAUUCUCCCAAAUCAUCAGGCGGCGUUGUGUCAGAGACGACCAAAAAGAGCAAGGGCAAACGACCUGCAACUGCUCCGCCCUCCGAAGAUGAGAGGAUGGCAGGAUCGGGGGAGAGCGACAGCGAUGCCCCAGUAACUCUGGCCCCGAGACACAAGAAACCAAAACCAACUAUUCGAGUCUCUGACACCGCUUCUUCUACGGAUGCUCCCGUCUCUUGCAUGUCUCCUCAGUGGGACUCGAACCCGCGAGAUAUCAGCCGCCUCCUUCGCAAUAUCCUAAGUAACCCCUCAUGGCGUCAAGUCUGCUUUCCUGAAAGUAAAGUCGCCGUGCCACAGGUAUACAAAGUAUACAGAGAUAUCUUCCUGCGAUCUUUCCGAUUUGAUCCGGCCAUGAAGGACGCGGAGAAAAAGGGGCUGGUCGCAAAGAUCGAAGGAAAUGGUGAAAAGUCGACGUGGGUUGCCACAGAGAAGUUUGGAAGGCAUGUGCACAACCCUGUGAGGGCUAAGAUAUCGGCACUAAAGAGAGAUUGGAAGGCGGGAGUUUAUACACCUCACUUUGAUCCGUCUUGGGAGAUUUGGCGGCAUGUUCCCGCGGGCUUGCGUAAUAGCUUGGAAGCCAAAUAUCCCUACUAUUUUGACCUUCUCCGACUCAUGCGGCCAUCCUCCAACCCCAGUCGCAAACAUCCUCUCGAUAACCGUCCUCCCACUUUGCUCACUGGCGUUGAGGGAGAAGCGAUUCAACUCGGCAAGAAGAGCAAGCGCACAGUCGCCCAUCCACCCCCAAAUUCUUACGAGAAUGAGGAUAUGCCGCGGGGGAUGAACGAUAGUCUGGCUCUAGACAACCAUCAAGCUCCUUCAUGCGUCCCCUUCGGCAUGGACCCUCCUCUGUGGUACCCAAACCCGAAAAGAACUGCCGACCUUCUUUACUUUAUCGGCAGGAAUGAUUCAUGGCGUCGCGCCAUCUUCCCGCAAAACAAUGUUACUUUAAACCCAGACAUAUACAAGGUGUACAUUGACAUCUUGCUGGAGUUUCGCCCGAGCGACCCAUUCUUGACGCAAGCGGAGGAAAAAGGUCUGGUCAGGAGAGUAGAGGGAGGCUGGGCUGCAAGAAGGAAAUUUGGAGCUCGAGUGGUGAAUCCAGUGGAAGUAAAGAUAUCGUCAGCGCAUUCAAAGCGGGCCGGUAUCAUUAUGAAUACGGAUUUCAAGAAUGAUCUCAAAGCUAAACACGCCUACUUCUUCAAGCUACGCGCACUCAUCCAAGGAUCCGACCCAACCGCCCUAUCCGGCAACGUCGACGUCGAGGAAGAGGCAGAGGUGAAGCGACCGGGAAAGGGUAAACGCGCAGCUGUCAAUCCACCCUCAUCGUCGUCUGAAGAUGAGGAUAUGGCAGAAGCAAGCGACAGAGACGACGAUGCCAAUGUGUCUCGAUUGUCAAAACGCAAGCACUCCUCCUCUCCCCUCCCGGUCCCUGUCUAUCGCAAGCGACGGCGCGUCCUUCCUCCCACUAGGUCUCACUACGGGUCAGAGUACUCCGAAGACAGCAGUGUUGUCUUUCUGGAACAGAGAGUAGCUCCAGGGGCAAGAGCGGAUACGGCUAUGGGAGUAUCCUCUUCCGAAGAAGGCGAGGAAGAAAGUGGAGGAGACGAGGAAGACGAUUGA